GAACCUCAGAUCUAGAGGAAGGAGCCAGUUUCCAGAGGAAUUGCCUUGGGUCGCACCAUCUCCACCUGCCCAGCCCUGUGGGAGAUUAGCGACCAUGAUUUCCAAUGGGAUAGGACCAGCAGGCGCUGGAAGAAGGAGGGUAUGUCUUCUGUCCGUGCUGCUCAUUGGCCUCUGGGGCUGUGUGACCUGUCACUGGAGCCCUGUGGAGGACAUCUGCACAGCCAAGCCUCGGGACAUCCCUGUGAAUCCCAUGUGCAUUUACCGUUCCCCAGAGAAGAAGGCACCCGAGGAGGAGGGCUCAGACCAGAAGAUCCCCGAGGCCACCAACCCGCGGGUCUGGGAACUGUCCAAGGCCAAUUCCCGCUUUGCCACUGCCUUCUAUCAGCACCUGGCGGACUCCAAGAGUAACAAUGACAACAUUUUCCUGUCGCCCCUGAGUAUCUCCACAGCUUUUGCUAUGGCCAAGCUGGGUGCCUGUGACAACACCCUCAAGGAGCUGAUGGAGGUUUUUAAGUUUGAUACCAUCUCCGAGAAGACAUCGGAUCAGAUCCACUUUUUCUUUGCCAAACUGAACUGCCGGCUCUAUCGAAAAGCCAACAAAUCCUCCCAGUUGGUAUCAGCCAACCGCCUCUUCGGAGACAAAUCCCUUACGUUCAAUGAGACCUACCAGGACAUCAGUGAGGUGGUUUACGGAGCCAAGCUCCAGCCCCUGGACUUCAAGGAAAAUGCAGAGCUAUCCAGAGUGACCAUCAACCGGUGGAUAUCCAAUAAGACCGAAGGGCGUAUCACUGACGUCAUUCCCCAGGGCGCUAUUGACGAGCUCACUGUCCUGGUGCUGGUCAACACCAUUUACUUCAAGGGCCUGUGGAAGUCAAAGUUCAGCGCUGAGAACACAAGGACAGAACAUUUUCACAAAGCCGAUGACCAGCUGUGCUCGGCAUCCAUGAUGUACCAGGAGGGCAAGUUCCGCUAUCGGACUGUGGCGGAAGGUACCCAGGUGCUCGAGCUGCCCUUCAAGGGUGAUGACAUCACCAUGGUGCUCAUCCUGCCCAAGCUCGAGAAGAGCCUGGCCAAGGUGGAGCAGCAGCUCACCCCCGAGGUGCUGCAGGAGUGGCUGGACGGGCUGGCAGAGACGAUGCUGGUGGUCCACGUGCCCCGCUUCCGCAUCGAGGACAGCUUCAGCGUGAAGGAGAAGCUGCAGGACAUGGGCCUUGUGGACCUGUUCAGCCCGGAGAAGUCCAGGCUCCCCGGUAUUGUUGCUGGAGGCCGGGACGACCUCUUCAUCUCAGACGCAUUCCAUAAGGCAUUCCUGGAGGUAAACGAGGAAGGCAGUGAAGCAGCAGCUAGCACCGCCCUCGUGAUUGCCGGCCGCUCGCUGAACCCCAACAGGGUGAUCUUCAAGGCCAACAGGCCCUUCCUGGUUCUCAUAAGGGAAGUUGCUCUGAACACUAUCAUCUUCAUGGGCAGGGUAGCUAACCCUUGUGUGAACUAGAGUGUUCUUCUUUGCACCUCUUCCUGUUUUGGUUUGUGAAUAGAAGUAAAAAUAAAUAUAAUUACUCCCAUCUCA